AUGGGGAAGAUUUGUGACAAAGUGCAUGGUUUAAAGCCAAUUAUAAUGAUGGUUUUUAUACAAAUAGGUUAUGCAGGAAUGACUUUAUUGUAUAAAUUAGCAUCAAAUGAUGGAAUGAGUUUAAGGAUUUUAAUUGCUUAUCGAUUCCUCUUUGCUGCCGCUACCGUUCUUCCUUUAGCUCUCUACUUUGAUAGGAAGAGUAGGCCAAAAAUGACAUGGAUGGUAAUGUUGCUUGGGUUUCUUUCUGCACUCUUCGGGGGUUCAAUGCCACAAAAUUUGUUUGCAGCAAGUUUAGUCCUAACUUCAACAACUUUUGCUACAGCUACACUUAAUCUCAUACCUGGCAUCACUUUCAUUAUAGCCAUAUUCUUUAGGUUAGAGAAGUUGAAUUUGAAGACAAGGGGAGGACAAGCAAAAGUGUUGGGAACAUUAAUUGGAAUUGGUGGGGCUAUGCUUCUCACUUUUUACAAAGGCAUGGAAAUUAAAACUUGGUCAAUCAAACUUGAUUUUAAAGAACACGUGGGAGCCUCUCAGCAAAACCAAAAACCAUAUGCUCAUAUUUUGGGUCCUAUUUUGGCUAUUUGUAGUUGCUUUUCCUCAGCAUUAUCUCUCAUUUUUCAGGCCAAGAUGAGUGAGUUGUACCCUUGUCAUUUUUCUAGCACUGCCUUAAUGUCCAUUAUGGGAGUACUUCAAGCUGGAGUUUAUGCCAUUUCUACUGAAAGAGAUUGGACCCAAUGGAAAUUAGGAUGGAACCUUAGGUUGUUUGCAGUACUUUAUGCGGGGGUAGUGACUUCUGGAUUAGCAAUCAUUUUCUUGAUGUUUUGUGUAAGAAUGAGAGGUCCAUUGUUCGUGUCUAUUUUCAGCCCUUUGAUGCUUGUAUGUGUUGCCAUUGCCGGUUCUUUAUUUCUAAAUGAGAAAUUACACUUGGGAAGUGUGUUAGGAGGAGCAAUAAUAAUAUGUGGAUUAUACAUGGUGUUGUGGGGGAAGAAACAAGAAAUUACAAGGACUUCCAAAUUGACACCUUCAAUAAACUGUGAAGAAUAUGACCAAGAAGAUCCUAUUGUUCCUAGCAAUGUCAUUGGAAUUGCUCCAAAUUUCCAUCCUAGGAAUGAAAUGGAACAACUACCUAGCCAACAAGUUCAAAAGGACAAGGAAUCUAUUGAUCUUGAUUCAAAGGUCUAGAAGUACUUACCUUCUUGAUGACGAGAAUUUAGUUUUAGUUAUAUACAUUAUCAUUAUAACUAAUA